AGUUGUUAAAUAUUAUAUUUUAAAUGGAUAAAAUAAAAGAAGAAUAUGAUAAAAAGAAGUUCCAAGAAUUAACCAAUAAUAUGUUUAAAAUUGGCUGCAUUAAGGGUUUUAGAUACUUUUCUAUGUAUUUACGAGGAAAAGAAGAGUUACUUGUUAAAGUGCAAAAUGAACAAGUGCCGUUACAUCCUGUUGAAAAACGUUUUUAUCAAGAAACUGUGACUGAAGAGGGUUCUGAAGAAGAAGAAAAUGGAAGCUUCAAUGAUAAACCUCUACCAAGACUUUGUGAUUCAUUGAUUAUGUCAAGAAGUACGCAGCAAAGGUUAAGUGGUCUUACGUUUUCUGGUUUGGGGUUGCUUCCAGCUAGUCCUUCAGAGUCAGAAGUUGUCAGCGAGUCAAGUUCCACAUUGUUUUUGAUUGGUGCUUAUUCUCGAUACAAAAGUCCUUAUGUUUGGAUUCGUUCAAACCAUCAUCGAAUUGUGUCAUUCACUGAUAUUCGAACUUAUCAAGACUUAGAUGAAGUUAAGGACAGCCCUCUUAAACUUAAAUCUAUUUCUAAUUGGCAUCACAAAGAUAUUCAUUUAUGGGAUAUACUUUCAGAUAUUAUCAGGUUAAAUGUACAGCCAACACCUAAGAACCCUUUUGCGGUUGACUUUUCUUACUUUGAUGCUCUGUCUCCAAACUAUUUUUUACUUGCUACCGGUGCCAUGGUGCACUUUUUAAACUGCGUUCUGACUUCUGGCGAGCACAGCUACAACGCAGAUGUGACGGAAGAUUUAAAUGAAGUAAUGCGAAGACAUUUUAUGUUGUUAAAUACUAUGGUCUCUAAAAACAGAUAAAAUUUAUAUAUAUAUAUAUAUAUAUAU